AUGCCUGCUCAAAUCCCUACCCGUCCCCUUGGCAAGAACGGGCCCCUCGUUCCCCGUAUUGGGUUUGGAGCCAUGGGUCUCUCGGUCUCGUACCACGACCAGCAACCCGACGAGGAACGCCUCGCCGUGCUUAACCACGCCCAUGCCAUUGGGGAGACAUUUUGGGACACCAGCGACGCAUACUUCGACAAUGAGGAUUUGCUUGCCAUGUGGUUCGCCAAGACCGGCAAGCGCAAGGAUAUCUUUCUUGCGACCAAAUUUGGCGGCACCCUGACCGCAGACUACCAGGUCGGCUUCCGCGGGGACGCAGAGUAUGUGCGCGAGGCCUGCGAAAAGAGCCUGAAGAGGCUCGGCACGGACUACAUUGACCUGUACUACCCUCACCGCCUGGACGGAUCGACACCCGUGGAGCACAUUGUGGGUGAGAUGGUCAAGUUGAAGGACGAGGGUAAGAUCCGGUACCUGGGAUUGUGCGAGGUGUCGGCUGCCACGAUCCGCCGCGCGCACGCCGUGCACCCCAUCACGGCCGUCCAGAUGGAAUACAGCCCCUUCACCACUGACAUCGAGGACGAGGCCAUCGGCGUGCUGCAGGCCUGCCGCGAGCUGGGGAUCGCCCUGGUGGCGUACUCGCCGCUCUCGCGAGGCCUGCUCACCGGCCAGGUCACCACCACCGCGGACCUCGACGCCAACGACCUGAGGAGGAAGUAUCCGCGCUUCUCGGACGAGAACCUCCCCAAGAACCUCGUCAUUGUCGAUGAGAUUAAGAAGCUUGCAGCGGAAAAGUCUUCUACUGCCGGACAACUCACCUUGGCCUGGCUGCUGAGCCAGGGCGACGACGUCUUUCCCAUUCCUGGUACCACGAAAAUUAAAAACCUCGACGACAACUUCGCCGCCGCGAAUGUAGAGUUGACCGACGAGGAAGUGGCUAGGAUCCGGUCUCUGGUGGACAAUGCGGCCGCUGGGGCAAAGUGGCCAGCAGAGUUUGGGUUCUACUUGUUCGCAGACACUCCUCUGCCGGAGUAG